CAUGCUGAUGACAGAAGCAUUUAUCUUAACUGUGCCUCUAUCUUUUUACCCUGCUUUUGAUACUGCUUUUGAAGCGUUGCCUCGACGCAACUCCAAAACCUCGUUUGUUUCCAAAUCUGCUUCUCCUCUUGUCCUUGAUAAAUAUGCGGCAUUGCUGCCAAAGCUCCAGAAUAUCCUUGGCAGCCCACAAGAGCAACUGCAAACACAACAUACAGUGCGCUGUUGUUUAAAAAAGGUCACAGGGCGCAGGCAGAGAAGUAAGUCAUGCUCAGAGCCGGCGUUGCGCAGGGAGCUGAGCAACCGUCAACAAGUUCUUUCAGCAGGGACGCACAAUUUAAUUAAAGGAAUCGGGGCGGAAUUAGGUGCGCAAAUGGGUGGAAGCAUGAAUUUGGACAUGAGUCAAAGUCAUUCUGAUGCCAUUUUUGCAGUCCGCUUUACUCUCCCAGUACAAGCCAUUUUCUCUCUCAAUGCAUAACAGCCAAAACCUUAAUGCAGGUAGCUUAAAACAUUUAAAGUUAAAUACAUAUUAAACACGAACAAAAUCCAUUUUUGUAAAACUGCUGCCAGGUACCUGCAGCAGGGCCUUUUGGGUAGUGGCUCAACUGUGGAAAACUCCCCUUGCCGAGGAGCAUGAUUAACAUUCAGGAGUAUAGCUGUCAAGUUUUCCCUUUUCUCGCGAGGAAGCCUAUUCAGCUUAAGGGAAUUUCCCUUAAAAAAAGGGAGAACUUGACAGCUAUGAAUUCAGGGGCUUUAAAAAAAAAACAACUACCACAUUCCAGUUCACCCAGGUAUUUGAUGGCUGAAAAGAUAAUUGAUCCAGGCAACCUUGAAAAUCAUGGUGUGGAUACAUGAUUGUUUUUAGAUGCUCACGGUGUUAAAACAAUUUCUAAACAUUUUUUUCCAGCGGUGCCGCUUUGCUGCUUGACACCCUCGGCUCCUUUGGGGAGGGAAGACGGUACUGAAAUUUAAUGCGUAAAAUAAAACAGAUAAAUCAAUAUUACACACAUAUAUGUGUGCCUGCCUGCUCAGAUAUAGCACCUAUUUUUGAAACCAGUCAGUGUGUCGGAUGAGCUAUUUUAAAGGAAAGCCCUGUCUGCCACACGAAAGGCCGACAUCCUGUUCACACGUAUCUGGGAAGGGGGUUCACUAUUGGGAUAAUUUCUGAGGACGACCUUUGGUUAGGAAAAGAGAGCCAAAAGCCAAGGCCACCACCCAGACAGACAGAAAAAGGGAAGGCCUGCCGCAUUGCAUGAUGGGACUUGUAGUCUCCAGACGGGGGAGCCGACCCUUCUAUUCAAGAUGGAAAGAAAGACAGAGAGCUGUUGCCAGGAUACCCUCUCAGUAAACAAAGGGUCAGCAUGUCUCAGCUACAGUUCUUGGAGCUGCCCAAAGGACAUAUAGUGCCUUUCACGAAAGUUUACCCUGGCUUGUGGUACUGGAAAGAUGACAGUCGAAGUCUUGAAUUUGUAUGUGCCUAUCCUAAGGAGGAAGAUAAGGAAGCUAAGGAGAAAUCUAAGAAAGGGAAAACCAUCCACUUCCAGGAGACGGCCACAAAAACGCCAGACAGACCUGAUCCUGUUUUUUUCCGAGAUAUCUUUGCCGUACGGAGAAGUAUCGAAGAAGAAGAAAAGUCACCCCGGCAGUUGAAGCGAUUGCAAAAAGAACUGAUUUCUCUAGAAGACGUUAAGUACGCUGCCCUGUUUCUGGCCCACGAAGAUGACUCCUUUCGCAUGCAUUCUUUCUCUUUAGUUAUGAGGUGCCGGCAGCUAGAUGAUUUUCUCAUGGCUCUGCUGUACUAUCUGAAUUUUUAUCUGGAAAAAUUAGCCUUGGAGAUGAAACCCAAAUCUUUCAUGGGGAAGCCCAGUGCCCUGGAAAGGAAAGAGAUACGGAAGAACCAAAUCAAUCUAGCAGUGACCAAAAAGCACCUGGCCAAGCUGUACUGCAUCCUCAUCCUCGGGCUGGGAAUGUCCGAACAGCAUCACAUGGCUUGUGGAAAGAGGAAAAUAUCAACAUCACGGAAAGACAGGGAAUUCUUUGAGUGCUUGUACAACUUCUCUUCCUACGUGGCUUUUGUGACAUUCAGACAGAAGAACCUCAAGGAAAUCCAGCAGGAAGUUGGCCGGCUGCUCCGCUCGAACAUAUUCAAUCCUGCUCUGAGAGAGACAGCUAAACCCAAGGAGUUGAAAACAGAUGUGACCAAGGAGGUGAAGAAGGUCAUUUUCCGCUAUCGCAAGCGCACCGAUGGAAGGCAGCCAGCCAUCCGGAGCAUCAUGGACCAGCGAUCGCCGGUGCUUAGCACCUUGCUGCCGUUGCCUAAAUACAGCGCUCAGUACCUUUUCCAGGACCAUUACCUCCCUGCUGGCAGAAGUCAGCCAGCCUACGUUCCUGAAGAGCUACCAGCCUUUUCCUCUGUCGUGCCAGAACCCAAGAUUGGCAUCAUUGGAUGCCCACGACACAGAUUUAUCCCUCAUACGCUUCAGCCUAUCGGGAUGCAGGAUGGUGAGAAUGAGGACGACGACGAAAGCGCAAGAUCGGGGACAAGCAUCUCUCCAGCUGUUUCCCAGGAGCUGAAUGUCUCCCCGAAGGUCCCUCAGACCAGCGCAAGCCUCUCGUCUCUGCCGGCUUCAAGGGCUACCACCGAAGCAGAUUACGUUGAGAAUCACUAGCAGCAUACGAUAGCCAUCAGGGAUAAUUUUUGUUCGUUUAAUUAAACUCUUUGGAAACGUUUGCCGAAACGUUUUGAAAUGUUUGCCGUUUGAAUUGUAUCCCUUGUGUACUCCAGCCUGCAGGGAGAGUAUAGCAAAGCCAGGCUACACUUUCCACUUUGCCAAGCUCCCAGGACAAUAUUUGGUGCGUUAAAAAAGAAAAAGAAAAAAGACCAUUAAAGCAAGUUAAAACUGUCUGCAUUAAAACCAGAGUAAAGAGUUUUUUUGAAACUAGGCACAGUACGCUUUCAUGUAUUAAACACCUCCAAAGGCCUGGUGGAACAGGUAGGUUUCCAAAAAUGGGAAUUCGUAAAGGUGGAGAAGGCUUUUCCCCGCAUCCUCACUGCAGAGCCCCCCCUUCGGUUUUGGUGCAUCAACUGGAAGUUCCUGCUGCACAGGCCUAGUGCACUGUGCUUGCUCACAUCCUCUGCUGGUGGCCUGUUGUGGGUGGUGAUUCGGCAGUCUCAGACAUUACCUUCAGUACCUGCUCCAUCCCUAUGGAACAGUGGCCCCUGCGACUGGCAAGCAACAUGAAGGCUCUAAAUUGGCUAGGGCCUUGUAAAUACUAAGAGCCUGGCAUUCUGCCUUUGCAGGGUCAACCAAACAGGACCUACUGCUCUUUAGGCUACAGCUUCCCACUGCUUCCAGUGUCUCUAUACC